AUCACACCCGGAUCACCCUGGGCAGUGGCCACUGGGAGACCCUUUGAAGACGGGGCCUGGGUCUCACUGUAAGUGCUGAGCCUGAGGCAGUCUCAGGAGCUGGACGGCCACCCAAGAGGGGAGCCCCUCAGCCCAGGGCCCCUCCCCCGGUAUCACCCCACCCACCCCGAGGACUUCAAAAUGGCCACUAUGACUUCACGCAGGUGGCCUGUGACUGGCGAUCAGGUCACUGUCCACAGCCACCAGGUCUUUCAUGUCCCCCAUGACGUCCAGGGCCACCAGCCCUUUCAGGCCUACCAUGUCUUCUCCACCUAAGAGAUCCUCUAAGCCCAGCAUGUCUCCAGCAUCCACCGGACCCUCGGUGCCUGCCAUGGCUCCCACACCUCCUGCCUCCUUGAAGUCCACCAAAUUGGUAACACCCAGCAGCCCCUCCAAGCCCACCAAGCCAUCCACGACCCCCAGCAGGCCCAUGAGCCCAAGCAGUUCCAAGUCCACCAAACCAACUGAUGCAAAGAAGGCCCCUCCCAGCAAACCCAGCAGAAAGUCCCGGAUGCGCAACAAGGCAAGAAUGUCAAGCCGGGCCAGCACGGACACCAGGGCCAGCAUGGACACCAGGGCCAGCAUGGACACCAGGGCCAGCAAGGCCAGUGGCACGCGGCCACAGCAGCAGCAGCAGAAGAGGGUUCCACGCAGUCGGGGCAGAACUCCGGGCCGCAGGGGGACCCACAAUUUCAAGAGAUCACCUAGUAGGACAAGCACCUCUAGUAAGAUGAGGACUCGCAACAGCAGGCCCAGCACUGCCAAAGGGGCAGGGGCCCCUGCUCCCCAGCAGAAACAGGCUGGGGCCAAGAGCUCCAGCCAGCCGCAGGCCAACCACAGGGAGAGGAGCAACAGCCAGGCUGGAAACACGAGCAGGGCACAGGAGCAGAGGCCUAGCCCACCUGGAGGUGCAGGUCUGGGGACCAGGUCCGGACUGGCCAUGACUGCCAGCAGGACAAAGAGUGGUAGCCUGUCUCCAACAGCCUCUCGGCAGCAGGGACACAGCCAGUCCCCACCGCCACCACUGCCAUCACUGCCAGGGUCACAUGAGGUGCAGGGUCAAGGACAAAUGGCUGCCUCCCAGGGCGAGCAUGAUCAGAGCCAGGCGGCUGUGUCCAGCGGGACCAAGGGUCCCAGCCAGGCCAGUCCCUCCAGCACGACACGAAGCCCCAGCCGGUCCAGCACCCCCAGCAGGACUCGCAGCCCCAGUGCGUCCAGCACCCCGAGGAGGGUGAGAAGUUUCCGCCACCACAGAACCCAUAGCCGGGCGAGAAGCCGCACCCGCAGAGGCACUCCCAGCCUGGCAAGCAGCCAGAAGCCAGCUGGAAGACCCAGGGGGAACAGAAGUGACAGCUGGUCCCAAACUCCCACUGACGACAAAACCCACAGCCAGUCCAGGAGCCGCAGCAAACACAGAGCUCGCAGGAAACAGCGGUCCACCACCCCAAGCGAGGAAAGGAACCACAGCCAGCCCCGGCCCUGCAGCAGGAAGAGAGGUCCUCGGAGACGCAGGCUGGCCAGCAGCAAGAGGGGUCGCAGCCCGUCGAGAACGCCCAGCCGGGAGAGCAGCCCCAGCAGUGAGCGGGUGGGCAGCCGGGACAGAGCUGCCGGCCCAAAGCAGGGUCGUGCCUGCCCAUGGAGAACGCCCAGCACCGACCGAGCCCGCAGCCGGUCCCGGGCCUCCAGGAAGAAGACGCUCAGCAGCCGAUCCCGGACCACCAGCACAAGGAAGGAUCGCGGCCAGGCAACGGUCCUCACGGGCGGUUCUGGCUCUCUUGGCAGGACCUGGAGCCGAUCCCCCUCCAGACGGCCCCAGGAAGCCCCAACCCUAAGCCAGGCGGAUGUCCAUGCCCACACUGGCCCCUUGGCAUUCACCUCACCUGGCGAGAGGUCUUCAUCAUCCUCUUCCAGGCUGGCGUAGCCCCCAGUCUCAGCUGGUUCCCGGGUCUCUGUCAUGGCCAGGGUAGGGGGCCGGGAGACAGAAGAGAAGUAGCUUGGGCAGCGUCCCUCCCCGGCCGGCUAUCCACAGCCACACCUCUGGCCGCAAAGUCUUCCACUAAUGCGGGAUGCUGGCGGGUCGAGAGGGACGCUGGACAAGGGAAAAGAAAGGCCUGUGAUAGCUGAAUAAAUUUAUACAUAGCA